AUGGCCAGGAGCAAGGCCACCCUCCACACAUGGCUGGCCUGCCCCGGGCUGCUGGGCUGUUUCUUGCUGGGCUUUGUUGCAGGAUGGUUUACAAAACCAACCGAAAAAACUCCCAACUCUUCAGAUGUCUAUCAAAAUGUGCGACAGAAACUUGUGGCUGAAAUGAAAGCAGAAAACAUCAAGCAAUUCCUUCGCUCAUUUACCAAGUUGCCUCACCUCGCAGGAACUGAACAGAAUCUUCUUCUUGCCAAACAAAUUCAAGGCCAGUGGAAGGAAUUUGGACUGGAUUCAGCAGAACUUGUUCAUUAUGAUGUGCUUCUUUCAUACCCAAAUGAAACACAGCCAAACUACGUCUCAGUAAUUGAUGAUCAAGGGAAUGAGAUUUUCAAUACAUCAUUGUUUGAACCACCUCCACAGGGCUAUGAAAAUGUUACUGAUAUACUACCACCAUAUAAUGCUUUUUCAGCACAAGGAGUGCCAGAGGCAGAUCUGGUAUAUGUGAAUUAUGGCCGUACUGAAGAUUUUUUUAAGCUGGAGCGUGAAAUGGGAAUUAAUUGUACAGGAAAGAUUGUCAUUGCCAGAUAUGGGAAGAUCUUCAGAGGAAACAAAGUUAAAAAUGCCAUAUUAGCAGGAGCCCAAGGGAUCAUACUUUAUUCAGACCCUGCUGACUACUGUGCCCCAGGAGUAGAUGCUUAUCCAGAUGGCUGGAACCUUCCAGGUGGAGGAGCCCAGCGUGGGAAUGUGUUAAACCUCAAUGGAGCUGGGGACCCUCUAACACCAGGUUAUCCUGCAAAAGAGUACACUUUCAGGUAUAAAGUUCAUGAAGGUGUAGGGAUUCCCAAAAUCCCAGUUCACCCCAUUGGAUAUCAUGAUGCAGAAGUAUUAUUACGUGCAAUGGGAGGACCCGCAGCUCCAGACAGCAGCUGGAAGGGAAGUCUCAAUGUGUCUUAUAACAUAGGGCCAGGAUUUGCAGACAACUCUUCUACAAGAAAAGUCAGAAUGCAUAUUCAUACAAACAAUAAAAUAACACGAAUUUACAAUGUCAUUGGCAUCCUCAGAGGAGCUGUGGAACCAGACAGAUAUAUUAUUUUAGGAGGUCAUAGAGAUUCUUGGGUAUUUGGCGGUAUUGAUCCAACUACAGGUGCAGCUGUUCUGCAAGAGGUUGUACGGAGUUUUGGUAAAAUGAAGAUGGAAGGUUGGAGACCUAAGCGAACUAUUAUUUUUGCUAGCUGGGAUGCGGAAGAAUUUGGAUUAUUGGGUUCCACAGAAUGGGCUGAGGAAAAUGCCAGAGUCCUCCAGGAACGGGCAGUUGCUUACAUCAACACAGAUUCUUCUAUAGAAGGUAACUACACAUUAAGAGUUGACUGCACCCCUCUUCUCUACAAACUGGUGUAUAAUCUGACAAAAGAGAUUUUAAGCCCUGAUGAGGGUUAUGAAAAUAAGUCUCUUUAUGAGAGCUGGCUUGAGAAAGAUCCUGCAACUGAAAAUAAUAGCUAUCCCAGAAUAAACAAACUGGGAUCAGGCAGUGAUUUUGAAGCUUACUUUCAGCGACUGGGAAUUGCAUCAGGCAGAGUCCGUUAUACCAAGAAUAGGAAAGCAGACAAAUUCAGCAAUUAUCCUGUUUAUCACACUGUGUAUGAGACCUUUGAGUUAGUGGAAAAAUUUUAUGACCCCACCUUCAAGAAACAGCUAACAAUUGCACAGUUACGAGGCAAACUGGUUUAUGAACUGGCAGAUUCCCAGGUCAUUCCAUUCGACUGUAGAGAUUAUGGAGAAGCCUUAAAAGGAUAUAGCAAUAGAAUUUAUAAAUUGGCCAAGAAACAUGAAGAACAGCUGAAAUCUUACAAAGUAUCAUUUGAUCCUCUUUUUUCCGCUGUGGUGAACUUCUCAAAGGCUGCUGCUGAAUUUCACAGGAGACUUGAACAAGUUGACAAGAAAGAUCCAGUCGCAGUGCGAAUCGUCAACGAUCAGCUGAUGUUUAUAGAAAGAGCUUUCAUUGAUCCUCUUGGCUUACCAGGAAGGAAGUUUUACAGACAUGUCAUCUUUGCUCCAAGCAGUCACAACAAGUAUGCCGGAGAGUCCUUCCCAGGGAUCUAUGAUGCCAUGUUUGAUAUUGAAAGCAAAGCAGAUCAGCAUGAAGCCUGGGAAGAAGUGAAGAGGCAGAUUUCCAUUGCAGCCUUCACUGUGCAGGCAGCAGCAGGGACACUGAAAGAAGUAGCAUAGGAUGAUGGCUUCGAAAAGCGCAGUCAAAGAGCGAAGUCUG